CUCUGUAUGGUGACAUACAAAAGUCUUUCUGAUACCAACUGCUGACAUUUUCCAGUAAGAUCAUUCCAGGAUCAUUGUCGGAUCGUUCACUACAGCCAUGACAACCAAAUCCAAGAGUAGUGUUCCAGGUGACAAGGCGUCCUCAUCUCUACUUCUGUCAUCUCCUCCUUUCCAGCGCCUGAUCACCAAAGAGGGACGCUGUGCAUUUCGUGUCCCUCUGUCUUCUUCAGGCUCAUGGAGCAAGUCUUUGCACAGAGCUUGGCUGCUGGCCCUGCAGGACCUGUGGGGACUGCUGGUAAAUCUUCGCUGGAGAUGGACUCUUCUGGCCUUCUGCAGCUCCUUCGUGGCUCACUGGUUGUUUUUUGCCUGUCUCUGGUAUUUGUUGGCUCAUUUGAAUGGAGACCUUGAUGUGCAGGAUCAUGAUGCCCCACCACAGGGGCAUGUUGUCUGUGUAAAGUACAUUACAAGCUUCUCUGCUGCCUUUUCUUUCUCUUUGGAGACACAGCUAACCAUCGGUUAUGGCACCAUGUUCCCCAGUGGAGACUGUCCCAGUGCCAUAGCAUUGCUGGCUGUACAGAUGCUGCUGGGGCUCAUGCUGGAAGUAUUUAUCACAGGUGCAUUUGUAGCCAAGCUCUCCCGCCCCCAGAAACAAGCAGGAGCCAUCCAGUUCAGCCCCCAGGCAGUGGUAGGUCAACACCUGGGCCAGACAUGCCUCAUGAUUCGAGCCACCAAUCUGUUGAAGCGGCCUCUGGUCGAUGUAAAGCUGAGUGCUGUGCUUUACGAGUGUGAAGGUCAGGCUCUACACCAGACCUCUCUGGACUUCUAUUUGGACCAUUUGGGACAAAAAGCAUGUCCCUUGUUCAUAUUCCCACUCACCUUUUACCACCCCCUGGACCCUCAGAGCCCGCUCUACCCUGCCCUGUGUGAGGGGUCAGCCACUAACUUUGAGUUGGUGGUUUUUCUGUCGGCCUUGCAGGAGGGAACUGGUGACUCAUGCCAGAAGAGGACCUCCUACCUUCGCCAAGAAAUCAAAUUAAACCACUGCUUUGCCCCUGCUUUCAGGAUUGACUCCCGCGGGAGGUACACAGUGAGCACCCAGCACUUAAGCACAGCCCCUUCAAAUGAGCCUGUGAACAAAGACUCUGUAGUGCAGAUCAACAGUGAUGGGAUGGAGUAAGGAUGCUGAAAGAAAAUCUCAGGAGAUAGCAAUUUUCUUUUUUCUCAGGAGGUAUUUCACUGAAUCUUGUAAAUAUUAAUAUAUGAUUAAACAUAAAAAAAAAUUCAAGUGCAUGUCAGACACACUGUCAGUACUGGUGCAGGCUCCAUCAUCAUCAAGUCCUCGAAGCGUGUUCCUGAGGUCCAUAUGUAAAUAUUUUGUACUUGUAGCAAAAUAUCUGGAAAUCAUAUGUUUGUGCAUCCAUAGAGGAGAAUUUGUGAGUUUGUAAAAAUAGUUACACAAGUUACUUUUAGGUUCAAGGUUCAAGGUUCUUUAUUCGUCACAUGCAUAGUUAUGCAGGUAUAACACACAGUGAAAUGUAACCCAACAUGCUCCUCGACUUCUGCAAAAAAAAGUCGAUUAUAUAUAUAUAAUAUAUAUAUUAGGUGAAUGUUUAUGUGUUGUUUAAGUCUGUUUGCUUAUACACAGCAAAACACUAGGUGUAAAACUCUGCAUUCACGUUCCCUCACUUGUGUGUGAGUUUCAACUUGCAAGUGCAAGAUUGACCAGAUUUUCUUCCUUUCAGCUGAUUGGUCAAUGUCAUGUCACUCACAAAUGUAACAAUCCAAUCAGAGAACAGAUGGGUUUGGCUAUCAGAGUAGUGCUUUACUGAGCUUCAGGUCCUGGAAGCGUAAUACAGUUUGAAGAUGGAUGACGGUGACAGCACUUCUGCAGCUCAGUGUGAGUCACUCUGUGGUGUAGUGUGACUCACAGCACUGGUCCUGGGUCAGAAUCAGAAUCAGAAUGUCUUUAUUGUCAUUGUCACAGGUACAACGAAAUUAUAAAUGGUCCCCUGACUUGUGUACACAAAGCAAUACUAAAGUAAUAAUCAUAUUUUUGACCAUUGGUACGCCACAACUUAAUCCAUGUGGUAUACCAACGGUACACUGCUACCAAAAGUUAAGGGAUGUAGCUGUCGCUGUCCUCCAGCUUCAAACUGUUAGGACCUGAAGUUCAGAAAAGCGCCCCUCCAACAGCCAAGCCCAUCUGUUCUCUGAUUGGACUGUUAAAUUUUUGAUUGAGAUGGCAUUGACCAAUCAGCUGAAAGGAAGAAAAAGCUGGUCAAAAUUUAUACUUGCAAGUUGAAACUUACACACAAGCAGAGAUGGGCAGUAACGCGUUACUGUAAUCCGAUUACUUUUUUCAAGUAACGAGUAAUGUAAGGGAUUAUCAUUGCAAAAACGGUAAUUAGAUUACCGUUACUUUCCCGUAGGAACGC